GCCGGGGGAGCUGCGCCUCGGCACCGCUUUCUCCUCGCCCUCCAUGGAGCCCGCACUUUCUCUACAAUGACUUUCCCCGAGCUGAGCAAUGGCAGCUUGAGCGGGAACCGGACGGGACAGGGCAGCCAGAGCGGUGCCAACCGGUCCUGGGGGCUGCAGGGUGAGGAGAGCCCCGACGGCAACGGCACCACGCUGACUUUCGCCUUGGACGUGCAGGCGGUGGGCGUCGGGGUCUUCCUGGCCGUGUUCAUCCUCUCGGCCAUCGUGGGGAACAUCCUGGUCAUCCUGUCGGUGGCUUGCAACCGGCACCUGCAGACGGUCACCAACUACUUCAUCGUCAACCUGGCCAUCGCCGACCUGCUGCUCAGCACCACCGUGCUGCCCUUCUCGGCCACCCUGGAGGUGUUGGGCUUCUGGGUGUUCGGGCGCAUCUUCUGCAACAUCUGGGCAGCGGUGGACGUGCUGUGCUGCUCUGCCUCCAUCAUGAGCCUGUGCAUCAUCUCCGUGGACAGGUACAUCGGCGUCAAGUACUCCCUCAAGUACCCCACGAUCAUGACCGAGAGGAAGGCGGGGGUCAUCCUCGUGGUGGUCUGGCUCUCCUCCAUGGUCAUCUCCAUCGGGCCCCUGCUGGGGUGGAAGGAGCCGCCGCCGCAGGAUGAGAGCAUCUGCAGCAUCACAGAGGAGCCGGGCUAUGCCCUGUUCUCCUCCCUCUUCUCCUUCUACUUGCCCCUCAUGGUCAUCCUGGUGAUGUACUUCAGGAUCUACGUGGUGGCCAGGCGGACCACCCGGAGCUUGGAGGCAGGGGUCAAGAAGGAGAGGAAUAAAUCCAUGGAGGUGGUUCUGCGCAUCCACUGCCGCAGCGUCCUGGAGGAGCCUCUCUCCAGCACCCGGAGCAAGGGGCACAACUUCAGGAGCUCCCUCUCCGUGCGGCUCCUCAAGUUCUCCCGUGAGAAAAAGGCAGCCAAGACUCUCGCCAUCGUCGUGGGUGUUUUCAUCCUCUGCUGGUUCCCCUUCUUCUUCAUCCUGCCUUUUGGUUCUUUCUUCCCGUCUCUGAAGCCCUCCGAAAUUGUCUUCAAGAUCAUCUUCUGGCUGGGGUACUUCAACAGCUGCGUGAACCCCAUCAUCUACCCCUGCUCCAGCAAGGAGUUCAAGCGCGCGUUCAUCCGGCUGCUCAAGUGCCAGUGCCACCGCAGGAGACGGCCCAUCUGGAGAGUCUACGACCACCACUGGAGAGGGGCCUCUGCCAACAGCUCGGUGCAGGACUCUGAGACAGACCUGAGGCCCAGGAUUAACACCCUGAACAGCUCCUUCAUAUUUAACUCCUCCUUCCAGGAGAGAGCCAGUAAGAGGCGAACGCUCAGCUUCAAGGGCUGGAAGAUGCUCACUCCUUUCCAGAAACCAGCGUCCACCCAGCUGAAGGAGAAGAUGAACAGCCUUUCUAACAAAAUCCGGGGUGGCUCCAGCAAAGGGGGGGUGACAGCCACCUACAAAACAGAGGUGGAGUCUGUCUCUAUUGGGAUCCCUCACGAUUUCACGGAAACCAUUGACUAUCAAACUCAUGACUUAACAGACUGCUGUGGGCUGAGAGAAACAGAUAUUUGAACCCUCUGGAACAGCUGUCGAUGGUUUCUUUAGAGGUAUCCAGCAGAAAUGUGGAGGGAUACCACCUGUGGGUCUGUCAGGCAGACUGGAAGCAGCAAUCAGGUAUAAAAUGCAGUUGCCCAAAGGUUAUCCAAAAAUCCCCCACGUGGCGCUCAGCCCCUUCUGUGGGAUUAUGGGUUCCUCAAAUAAGAGCCAAUGGCAUAUCCCAUUUUAGCAAGCCUCAGCAGGAGGGGAAGAUGUGGGGUGGAUAUGGCCUUAGGAGAAGAACUGUCUCCCUCCAGGGGAUGGUUGUCUUUGACUUUGGAAGAAGCUGUGCAAUUAAGGGAAACCAGGAUGUCUCCUUUGCCUUAAAAACACCACCGUGAAAUCUGAUGGAAAGAUCAAACCCCAAAAGAUGCCAACCCUGCCUUAGUACAUGUGAUCAUGUUUCCAUCCAGGAAGGACACUGCCAAGCAGCAGCUUGCAGCUGACCCUUUAGAUGAUGGGUUGGGAGCUUGUAGGUCUGCAGGGCUGGACAGGACCUCCAGCCAAGCCCUUGGCUCUGGAGGUUGAGCAGACUGGGGUAUUUCCAAGCAGGGUGGGGGGAUCCUGGCUCUCAGCCAUCAUCUCUGCAGUGACCACAGCUUUGCCCCUUCCACAUAACCUGGUUUUAGGCUGGAGGAGGAGACCAGAUGUCUACACAGGGUGUGCAGGUCUCUCUCCUCUAAUUCCAGCCUGUGAAGCAUUUCCCAUUUCACUUUCCAGUGAAACACUUGCAAUCCACCUUGCUUUAGUGCUCAUCCAUCUGUGAUACAGAGAGUAACCGGCUCCUUUUGGUGUCAGUCAUCCCCAACCUUUUCUGUCCCCUUCUUGCUCUAGUUGUUUCUCUGAAAAAAACACGGGAUAAAAAUACAUCCCGGGGUAUUCACUCAGGACGAGAGGAAAUGGCCUCAAGGUGUGCCAGGGGAAGUUUAGGUUGGAUAUUAGGAAAAAUUUCUUCGCUGAAAGGGUGGUCAGGCAUUGGAACAGAGAAGUGGUGGAGUCACCCCCCCUGGAAGUGUCCAAAUAUGUGUGGAUGUGGCACCUGGUGACAUGUGCCAUGUAGUGAACAUGGUUAGUGGUUGGACUCGAUGAUCCAAGAGGUCUUCUCCAACCAUAAUGAUUCUGUGAUGCAAGUCCUCAACCAUCCUGCUCUGUGGCUCAGGAAAGGUGGGAUGGCUGAGUUUGGAAGUUUGCAUUUCCACUGCCCAUUGAGUCAAAGCUAAAAUGGAACUGAUGUGCAGAUGGAUCUCCUCCCCAGUCAGGGUCACGCUCCUGACUCUUCUCCCAAGGGACUUCCCAAAAACCUGAUACAUCAAACCUUUGGUUUUGCCUUGGGUGUGUCCGCUAACGUGGUCAAAAGCAACGACAGUAAGGGUUGGUUUUCCCUGCUCACAGCCCCAGAGUGUGAGCACCCCUCAGGAGGGCACCACGGUCUCCUCCGGGAAACUCAGGGAGUUGGGGCCAUGACAGGCCCACCUCGGCCAGGUGACUCAGAAAGUGGUCACCCAAACUCUACUUGGCCCUGUGUUGCAGGCACUGGUUUCAAAAUUCAGGCUGGUUUUAUCAAACUUCAGAUGACGAUCAUCAGGUUAAGGCGUGGGCAGGAGACACGUAGGUGAUGGAGGUGAAGUCUGGAUCUGAGCUGCAGCAGCUCAAGCCAGGUGACUAAAGAACAGGAAUGUGAAGUCAGAAGGUGGAAACAUGGCAAUGAAUGUGUUCCUGGGUGGAAGCUCAUCCACAUCAGCACUGUCCCCCCAACCCAUGAGGAGUCUUUCAUGAAUGUGCCUACAGCACAUGCAGCUGAUCAAGGGUGGCUGCCAAAGGAAGAUGAAAGGCUCCUCGGCACAUUAGAGAGAAUGUCACCUUUCUUUCUGCUGUUUAUUUGCUUCAAAGUAAAACAAAAGAGAGAGAAAGCUGGAGUUUUUUAUUUUUUAGUCUUUUGAGCAGUGCAUAUUGAGACAAGGUAUCUGGAGCUGGCCCCAUCUCAACAACCCUUAGUACCCUUUACUUGAUGCAGGACUCCAAACUGGACCAAUUAUUGCACAAAUAUCAGGAGAUUUUGUCCAAAUAUUUUCCUCCCAGCAGCAAACCCCACCAAGGCACAUGGAGCAGCAUUGCAUUUACACUGAACUCAGACUCAUCAUGUUCUCCAGCAUCUGCAAAACCACCCAGAGGUUCCAGCUGGGGAGGUUCAACCCCACAAAAGCAGGGACCCAACACCCCGUGGGAAUUUUUGUGGGGAAAUACAUCUUUUUUUUCCCCCUAUAUCUUUGGCUUUUCGGGGAAGUGAGACCCUGCAGUGAUGAUGGGGUGACAUGAAAAGUCAUUUUGCAUUGUAAGGACUGCAGGUGCCACUGGUUUCCAGGGAGCUUUGGAGAUCUUGAUGGGAGGCACUGGAGAUGUAGCAAAGAAGGGACCAGGGAGGGGGCAGUCCAUGAGUGCAUCCAUGACCAGAGAGAUACAUGUACACACUUUACUGUAUUUAUAUACAUGGAUCAUCUCCAAAAUACAAGGCAUUCUCCUACAAAGGGGCCAACAUCCUCCUAUAAAUGAAGAUUCAGUAAAUGUUGGCAAGCAUUCCCAU